AUGCUAUUCACAUACGAUACUUUAAUGCUGGCUCGUUCUCUACUUCUGGCUCGUGGAGAUGCGGUUAUGCUUGCUAGUCGUUCCGCUUCUGCGGCCCCUUCAUCAAAACCAACUGGUUCGCGAGUGAAAACCUUCGAAAUUUAUCGCUUCAACCCCGACAAGCCGGGAUCAAAGCCAGUGAUGCAGAAAUAUGACAUUGAUUUGAACGAUUGCGGUACUAUGGUUCUGGAUGCCCUCAUCAAGAUCAAGAACGAGGUUGAUCCUACCCUCACAUUCAGAAGAAGCUGUCGGGAAGGAAUCUGUGGUUCAUGUGCAAUGAACAUUGGUGGAGAGAAUACCCUCGCCUGCAUCCAGAAGAUUGAUACAGAUACAAGCAAGACCACCAAGAUCUAUCCUCUACCACAUAUGUUUGUUGUUAAGGAUCUCGUUCCUGACAUGAAUCUGUUCUAUGAACAGUACGCAUCAAUUCAGCCAUGGCUUCAGAAGAAAACCAGUCUUAAACUUGGCGAUAAACAGAUGUUCCAGAGUGUCAAGGAACGCGAUAGACUGGAUGGACUUUACGAAUGCAUUCUCUGCGCAUGUUGCUCGACUUCUUGUCCAUCUUACUGGUGGAACGCUGACAAGUACUUGGGGCCGGCUGUCUUGAUGCAGGCUUACAGAUGGAUCAUUGACUCUCGCGAUGAUUAUCCAAUGGAACGUCUGCAUCGCAUGCACGAUGCUUAUUCGGCAUUCAAAUGUCACACAAUCAUGAAUUGCACUAAGACUUGCCCCAAGCAUCUGAACCCUGCCAAGGCCAUCGGUGAGAUUAAGUCGCUUCUCACUGGCAUUAAAACCAAGCCAGCUCCAGAACCUGCCAAGUUCUAA